CAUAUAUACAUGUGUGUCAGUAUGUGAGUAUGUAUGUCAGUGUGUGUGUGUGUAUGUCUGUUUCAGUAUUUGUAUCUUUUAGUAUGUGUGUGUCUGUAUCUGUUUGUGUCUGUGUGUAUUCCUGUGGGUGUGUUUCUCUGGAGGCAAAGCCCUCGCCAACCGAGUGGGGCCUAAGCCGACAGUGAGAGGGGCGGACGGCCGCUGCCCCUCUAUCCUGCCUAAUGGCGCAGAAUUGGAAGCGGAGACCCGGGUGGACCCGGCCCUGUCCCCCCCCACCUCUUCCCCCAUACGGACCAGCGGGGGUGAUCCUGAUCCUCACCCAGAGGCUAUGAACCCAGGGCCCGAAGACAGGGCCAUCCCGCUCGAGGGCAUGAAUGCGCCACCCAAGAUGGCGGAUGCCAUGUGUGCCGAGACCGGCGGAUGGGACUGCUCCGUCGCGGAGAACAGAGCACUGAUGAGGACACCAGAAACGAGUCCAGGGGGCAGAAAGAGCCCAAGCUCACCGUACCAAGCCCCGCAGCCCCGCGAGCAACCACUCACCCACCCACCCCACGGGCCGUAUAACAGGCAAACGGCAGAGGCCUAUCCAGACUCAUAACGGCUGCUGCACUGACUCACAGCGCCCAAUACCCACCCAUGCCAGUGACUGUAGUCCCCACAACAGGGCCGACCGCAAACCUACCCUGCACGCAUCACGCAGCACAGAGGCCCAGAAGGGGAAACCACAGGGCCCACCAGCACACAGACGUAUCAAAUAGCCUCCAAACAUCCUCCCUAAUAGACACUCACCUCCGGACAUCCAAAGGAAGCAUUCUUGGCUGUUUGGGGAGACAGCCCGUGGGACACCCACAAGGACCACAGAGACACCCCUGGAGCGGCACUACCGACGGACACCCAAACCAGGUCACACCGGCACGGCAGAUCGGGCAUCGGCUAAGCACAGGCCCGCGACUACUAACAAGGCCUCAGGCCCACCAAGCCAAAGGCCCCUGGGAUGUAAACUACCAUUAGAACUCUAGACCAGCCAGGGUGAAAUACCACUAUUGUACUACUCGUUAAUUAUCAUUUAUUAUUAACGUGUCUAUAUAUUGGCAUUUGCAGUAUACUAUAUAAUUUACCGUUAAUUCACAUAGAUCCUUAUGUACCUAAUGUUAAAAGCGACAGAUAAAUAGUAUUGAAGCAACUGACAAUAGUAUAGAAGCGACAGAUAAUAGUAUUGAAGCGACUGAUCAUAGUAUCGAUGCGACUGUAAACAGUAUUGAAGCGACUGACAAUAGUAUUAAAAUGUAAGCUUGUGGCAUUGAAACCUCACUGAUGUUGUAAAAAUUUUGCUGGCCCAAGCGCAAGCACAUUCAACGUAAUUUAACUGAAUGCUACUAAGCAGUUGUUUAUUUAUAAAUAUAAAAAUUGUGCAUGUAUUAUUGAUAACCCCACUGUUAUAGAUUCUUUGACAAUGCAAGAGGAUUGCCGUCGGGUACCUCGCGCAAGUAUGUUACCUCGCUCUGCACUACAAAAAUAAAGAAUAAAAAAAAAAAGACUGGACAUACCCCAUAUUGAAUACCCUGGGUUGUCUACUUUAAAAAAAAUCUGUACAUGUGAGGUGUGAUUCAGAUAUUUCCUAUAACAUCUAUUGAUCUCAAUGCCAACAUGUUUUACACAGGAGUACAAUAGGGGAGCAUUCCAUUUUGUAGUGGAUAAAUAAAUAUAUUGGAUUUAUAAAGCGACUAAUGGAUUCCUGAUCAUCAGAGUUUACAAUCGACAAGAUUUGUGAGUAUUCUUUCAUCCUCAGUGUGGGGCUAAUGCAAUAGUACAUUAUUAUUUAUAUAGCGCCAUCAGAUUCCGUAGCGCUGUACAAUGGGUACAUUCACAUUAAAAAUUAUUAUUCUUGGUUAAUAUUGAGAAAACUCUGUGCCUAUAAUUUAUUUAUUUAUUUAGCACCAACAUGUUCUGUAGUGUUGUACGCCCUAUUUUGUAUGAUAAACUCUACACACUGUAUACCUUGUUACUAUGUAGCCCUCUAUUUUGAAAACUGCGAAAAUCAACCCUUUCCUGCCCUGUGCUCUCCCCCUUUAGGCAUAUCAAUGGUUAAACCCCAGGGGCUCUGCCUGGAUCCAGGAGCCUUGUAACACAGUGAUCACAUGACAGGGAUGUGUAAGUGGGAGUUACAAAGUAGCAGUUGGUUCCUGUAGCCAAUAAUCCUGGAGUUUGUUGUAAUGUGAUCCUGCCAUGUCUGUAACCAUGGAGACAUACUGAAUACAGUAGCUGCAGGGCUAGCCCAGGCCAUGGAGGCUAGUAGCCAUUCCCAUAGCACAAUGCUGUGUUUAGGGUUUCUGAGACUGCUGUGUGUAAUAAUGUCCCCUGCUCUGUGUCAGGCUGUGCCCACAGCCAUCAGUAAUGUCCAGCCUGGGGACUGCACAUCUGAUCAGUUUUAUAACAUAGCCACCUUCAGCUGUAACCCCUGCUCAGCCAACGCGGUGAGCGGCUCAGGAGGUAAGUCUGACUAACAUUGUUUAUCUGUUUGGAAAUAAAUGCAUUUAGAAUGUUCGCAGAGUGAUCCUGGGUCAACGUUCUAAACGUGGAGCAAUCAGAAGGAACGUUCCAUCGGUUUCCAUGGUGACUGAGCCACAUGUAGAACUGCCCCAGAGCCAUGGAUUCGCUCCCAAGCAGCUCAGCCAUGUGUUCGUACUUUGAGCUGUUUGAGUUGCACUCACAGGGUUAAUCCACAUUGCUAUUAUAGAAGGUUUUGUACAUCCCCACUCCACAUGUUGGUGAUAAAUCUGCAGAUGCUUGGAAUGGAAUGUUUUUGUAGUCAUGUGCAAGUCCCCAAACUCUUAUUUUGCCUAAAGUGGCUGGUGAUAUGUAAAGUAAUUCAUCUCAGGUAAAAAUGAGUUAAUCUGCAUGAUGUGCCAUAUUCUGCGAUGUACACACUGUCAGUAUCUUAUUAAAUGAGUUAAUCUCUUGUAAAAUUAGGUGAUAUAAUACUGCAUGAUGUGCCAUAUUCUGCGAUGUACACGUUGUCAGUAUCUUAUUAAAUGAGUGCCCUUUAAUGUGUUGUUUUGGAAUCUCAAACCAUUAAAUAGUGCAGCAUUUACUAAGGUGAAGAAUCAUGCAGAAAUCUCUAACUUGCAUGCUGAAUUGUUCUCAGUAGUGAAUAAUUCAAUGUGGAUAGUUGCAAUAACCCUCCUCCUGCCCCCAUGAGUCUUUGCUCACUUUGAGUGCCCUUUUCAUUGCUGACUGUCACAGGAUGGGUCUUGGUGAGUUCCCUCUGAGCUCAGCUUGUGAGUGCUGUGUCAAAAUAAAUUCUUUGACAAAUAUCACCUGUGGUGAUACAAUGUAACAUAAUGCAUCCUGGGAAAUAUACGGUUUACAUGUAGCUGGCCAUCACUGAUCCAGGAGGUGCAUGUAUAAUAUAUUAUUAGUGGGAUUGUGGGAUGUUGGGAAAUGUAAAAGAAUCCAUAUUGUUGUUUAUAGAAUGGAGUGUCAAAGCAAUGUAUUUACCUAGGCUAAGAGAGUUUUUUUGUUUAUAUUUUUUUCUGUCCUGUGAAUAAAGCAUUAAAGCUCAGUGCUGUUUAGUAAAUCGGUCUGUUUGCUUCCCAGGGCUGACCUGUAACUGUAACAGUGGAUUUGUUGAGACUGACCUUGGCUCGCCUCUAGUGACCUGCACAAAGUGUGACAGUAUUGUGAGUAUUAAGCAAUUUGCUGUGUGCAAUCAGUCCUCUUCACCUGCGGAAACUGAUAAAAAGGGACAGAAACCGCAAUCUAUGAUAACAUGGAUGUUUCUAUACUGGAAAAAAUGACAGAUGAUGUUAUUUGGGGAGCGGUUCAUAGUUUGGAACCUCUACCUGACCAGUCUGUCACUCAGCUCUUGCAUGCAAAAGGUUAAUACUUACAGUUACAUUAUUAAUUUUUUCUGUUAUAAAAGGACAUAGUAAUUCUUCUUUCUUUGUAAAGUUAUUCGCUAACAUAGUAAACUUAAAUAAUGUAGUAAAAUGAAUAUGUUUAAAAAAAAUAUAUAUAUAAUUAUUUAUUAUUAUUAUUAUUGCCAUUUAUAUAGCGCCAACAGAUUCCGUAGCGCUUUACAAUAUUAUGAGAGUGAGGAUUUAACUAUAAAUAGGACAAUUACAAAUAAACUUACAGGAACAAUAGGUUGAAGAGGACCCUGCUCAAUCGAGCUUACAUUCUAUAGGAGGUGGGGUGUAAAACACAUUAGGACAGGAAUUUGCAGUCAAAUAAGGUGGGCUGCCCUUUAGGAGAGAGCAAGAGACCGGUAUGUGAGGUAGAGGUUACUCUGGGAGGCAAUAAGCUUUCCUAAAGAGAUGGGUUUUAAGGCACUUCUUAAAAGAUGCAAGACUAGGGGAGAGUCUGAUGGCGUAGGCAGGCUAUUCCAUAGGAAGGGAGCCGCCCGCGAGAAGUCCUGCAAGCGCGAGUUGGCCAUACGGGUGCGGACAACGGACAGGAGGUGGUCACGGGCAGAGCGGAGAGACCGAGAAGGGACAUACCUAUGGAUCUGUGAGGAGAUAUGAGGGGCCAGAGUUGUUCAGUGAUUUAUAGGUGUGAAUUAGUACCUUGAAUUGACACCUAUAGCAUACAGGGAGCCAAUGUAAGGACUGGCAGAGGGGUGAGGUGUGAGAGAAACGACUAGAGAGGAAAAUCAGUCUGGCAGCAGCGUUCAUUACAGACUGUAGUGGUGCAGUAUGGCUUUUGGGAAGACCAAUCAGGAGAGGGUUACAAUAAUCCAUGCGGGAAAUAUUCAAUUCUUUACAGUUUGCUCACUAAACAUUGAAUUAGUAAUACAAUUGCAGAAUUCAGGCUAAAAUAGCCCAAACUUAACUGUUCAGCUAUUUUACUGUAAAUGUUGCAAUUUUGGUUUCCCUACAAUUCACUGUUUAGUGGAUAAACUGCGUGAUGUUCUUAUCAUAGUAAUCAUAGAGAGACGCCGGGUAACGGGAUCUGAAUGCAAGUUGGGAUCACAGCGGAAAGAGGACAUUUUUUUUCAAUAAUUGAUUUAAAAUAAUUUUUAUUAAUUAACUUUUAUUUCGGUUGCUAUUUGCAGGGAGGGUCUUCGUAUUGAUACAUUAUUAAUAAAGCUUGUGCGUUUGAGGCUUAAGGUCUCCACUCAUUCGCUGAAUAUGAUUUUUUGGGGUGUAAUGUGAUUUUUCUUUGCAGAAUCUAUCGGUGUCAUUUGACCAGACUACCUGUCUGACCUGUGCAGCCCCCAACUGCACCUGUGGGAGCAAUCAAGUGAGAGGUAAAACGAAACGAACGGCUAAAUAUUGUGAUCCUUUCAUUCUGUCUAUUGUGUGGCCAGAAUACGGCUACCAUGGGUCUAACCAAGGGUUAUGGUGCUUUGUUUUCCUUUGGAGAAAGCGAAUACCAUCAGUGCCCCCUGCUGGCAGCUCAUGUGUUCUGCUUCUUCAUGUCAGAUCCAUGCACAAACCUAUAACAGCUAACUUUGCACUGCCAUAUUACAUACCUACCAACACUGGGAGAUAUGAAAUCAGUAUGAGUGGCCACGAUUUGGCGGGCAUGUUUCAGGGACGGCAUUAGGAGAGUAUCCUGCCCAGAACGUGUGCAGGCAUGGCAUAUAUUCAUGCCAGACUGUCUUCCAUCUAGCUGCCGAGCCACACUUAGUGCUGUGCAUACACAGAUCACUUCUUAUAAGCUCUGCGCAUGGACUCACGACAUGAAGUAACGCAUCUGGGUCAGCGGGACGGAAACCUGAAUUUCGGAGGCUUAGGAGGUUGAUAUUUGCAAUUAAUAACAUAUAAUAAUAGUAAUAACAAAAAAAACAAUAGACCACGUUUUUUUUAUAUUUCAUUUAUUUUGCCUCUUAUACAUCUUCAAUGUCUUGCUUUUGAGUUCAUUUUGAAUUUUUUUUGUAGAAGAGAAUUUCAUUGACAACACUUACACGUGUGUAACGUGUUCUGGGUCCACAGUGCCAAACUCAAUCGGCAAUCAGUAAGUAAUAUAAUCUGAUCUAUUGGGUUUCUCUGUGCUACCUUCUAGUACUAGAAUCAGAAACCAAUCCAGACAGAGCAAAUGUUAUUAAGUGAUCGACGAACAGGUGGCACUGAGAUCACAUUGUAUAUUGUUUGUGUUUUCCAGAUGCGUUCCGUGUCAGCAAACAUUCUUGGUUAACAACUGUAACUGCCCCCAAAGUGACCAGGUGAGGGCAAGAUUUAAAACCGAAUAAAAGUUAAAACAUAUGUUUGAAUUUGUGGAUAGAUAACAUUUUCAUUGAAUUUGAUCUCCAGGGCUUGUUAAAGCACCAGUCGUAACUUUCUAAUUUAAAAAAUAAAAUGUUUCAAAGGCUUGUUUUUUGAUACAUCAUCAUACUUUGUCUCAAUCUUUUGCAGAGCGGAGGACUUUGUUUCCAUGUUGCAGUCGAGGUAACAUUUAAUGUUCACACUAUCAGAAUGUAAAGGGAUAUGGUAUCCAAACAUUCAUCUCUAUCCAAAAUGGACAUCCGGCGUUUAGUGUUUUUUAUCAUACCAAGAGGGUUUUCAAUUCCUGGGUUCUUUUGAAUUUUUUAACACUUAUAUCUUAGACUGGAGGUAUCAAAUAGUUAUAUUGGGCAGGUGAAGAGUACCCUGUUGUACCUGUCUGUGGCAUUUUUAUAUUGGUCAUGAUCGUUAGACUGGGAACUGGCAUCAGGGUAUGAAACGUGGCAUUCUAUUAGGUCUGUCUGUUAGGUGGUUUUAUAAUAGUCGGGAUAUUUGACACCAAGGCCUCAUAGCGCCAGAUGUCCCUCAAACACGCUACCAGCUAUUAGCUUUCAGCAAUAUCUCCUGUGUUCAGUACCAUAGUAAUAAAAGUUACGUUUUAGAAUUUAAUUAAAGUUCGACCAUUAGAAAGACCUUUCCUGCUUGGGAGUUACCCCUUGCCAUAUUUUUGUUUAUAUGCUUUUAAUGUAUAUGUUCUAGUUUUGUUACUGUGAUGUUUGCGUGUGAUAUAUAACCACAUGGCAGCUUCGUAGAAUUCGAUGUCGUCUUAGCCACCCAUUAGAUGAAUCCAACUUUGGUGGAGAGUCCAAUGGAUCGUGGAGAAUUAUGGCAAGUGUAGUCCAGCAACAGCUACUGGAAGUGGGGUGAGGUUUGACACCCCUGUCCUAAUCGUGGAUACUGACCCUCCAUAAUAUAACGCCAUGUUUUACUCACACUUCAUGGAAUCUUGCCAGAAAUGAAACAAGUGAAACAUUAUAAACUAGAUGAUUAGAGAUUUCUCCCUGCGGAUUCCUUAUUGUAGAUUUUUUUGUUCUGUAUGUAGUCAGUUUUUCUGAUUAUCACAGUAUGUUUUGCAUUUAUCACUUGCGCCAAUUCACAGAUCUUAUGUUAUGUAUGUAAGAUAGAUGCAGGUUAAUAGUAUUGAGAACAGUGCCCCUUCCCAGAAUAUCUGACUCUUCUUUAAAUGUAGACCCUUAAAUCCCCAGUCAUUAUCUGACUGAGGAUAAUGGGAAUUGCAUUUAAGAAACACGACCACAGCUGUCUGGCACAUUUACGAUGUACACAUAACAUGCAGAUUAAGCCUUUUUAAUGCUCUGUCUCUUUGUCCAACAGGCCGUCUCAUCCUCCUCGAUCUGGGAGAUUCUUUAUCUGUAUUCCAGUUACCAGGCUUGCAACGUGAGUUAGACAGGUCCUUAACUCUGCUGUACUGUCAUUGGAAACAUUCUGGGCCUUAUUAACUAAAUUCUGAAUUUUAGCAAACCGAAAUCUGAGCAGCAAAAGUUAGGCUAAAAUAAAAGAUCUGGAAAAAUUCUCCAACUCUGCUAAAGUCACUGUUCGACAAUUUUAGCCUAAACUUUGUGAUUCCGAUUUAAAAGAUAAAUAGUGAAACGUAAAGAUUUUACAAUGACGAUGUAAUUGCUUAUUAAACAUUGUAGCGAGCCAACAAUGUAUCCUUUCUUCCUUCUCAGUCCUACAGCAAUGUGACCGCUUGCCAGCUGCUCACCAAUACCGUUAUCCUGAACGCCUUCUCCUGGGACAGUACGGCAUUCACCUACUAUAACAAGAUCACGUAAGUCCUCUCGGUUGUCUGGGAUUAUGAUUUGCUGAAGCCAAUCAGAAGGAUAUCUCUCUUCAGAUUGGUGUCAGUGGGCUACACUGAGAUGGGCCUUUAGCUUAGAGCGGGAUAGGCAACCUUCAGCACUCCAGAUAUUAUGAACUACAUCUCCCAUAAUGCUCUUACAGCCAUAAUGCCGGCAAAGCAUAAAGUACGAUGUAUUCCACAGCAUUUAGAGUGCUGACGGUUGCCUACUGUGAAGAAAUUACCUUUUGUUUCAUUACCUUUGAUUUUCCUCGUUUGGUAUAUAAAACUACCAAGCACCGACCCCCUGCCUCAUAAACUACAAAGCAGACCGCAAGUUAAGUGCUCUCUCUGUGUGGCCGAAUGUCACGUGCAGGAGAAAACGGCGGCCAUCUUGUUCACACGAAAGGAGACAGCAGGACUUGGUCGUUGAGUGUCUGGAACUAAAAUCGGACACUCGACUUCCCGAAACGCCGGUUAACUUCGUGAAAGCCCACUUCUUUCCACAGACCAGCCAGGAGAGCACUAUUCGGUUGAUAUGUUCUCAUGAAGUAGGGGAACAAACGAUACCUAUGAGCCAGGGGAACCGUUCGUGGAUUUGUUCAGUUUUUAGACUUUUCUAAAUAGACCAACCGCACAGCCUAAUUUCAUGGAACUAUUUCUGGGCAGGAGCCUCGUUUGCGGUCGGUCAAAUUAAGACCUCCAUGUAAUUCCCGAACCCCUGAACCAAUCUGGGUGAUUUUUUUUAAUUUGUUGGUCCCCCAGAUCAUAUCCGGGGAUAUGACUUUUGAGGGGUUUCCAUGGAGUUUGGGGUACUUUCUGGGUUUUGUGGAAAUGUGCGUUUGGAGAUAAUUGAGUUUAGUAUAGUGCUUGAUUCAAUUAUCUCCCAGGCACAGGGGAAAGAUUAUACUAUUUGUAUGUAGGAGUGCCCUGGAACUGAAAGCCAAUGUAACUGCAGAAUGUAUUUUGUUACUGUCCCCUCUCAGGUCCAGUGGGGAAUGCCCCUUGAAUAUGUCACCGUAAACCCUGUACAUUUGUAACUGCAUAUAAACCAAGCGGUUAGCCUGAAUAAACCAUUCCUGUUGUACCCUUCAUCUAGUUUAGGCUGCUGUUUGGGUAUCCGUCUGAUUUGCUUGUGGAAUAUACUUGAAUGCUGUACUUCGUCUGGAGAACGUUCGAAUCAACACCCGAACUGCGAGCUAUAAUCACUCAGCCUCUAGCCGUUCGGGAGGAAACAGACUAACGGGUAUCUGCAAUACCAGCGUUCGUUACGCCUACCCUUAGCUCAGAGAGCAGUUGCAGUUAGAGGGCAUCUGCUUAAAGGAUGCUGUGGACUGUAACUCCCAUGAUAGUCAGCUGGGCUAUAUUUUGGAGGUCUUUUUAAUACUGAUAUUUCAAUAUUAUUUAAAGUGAGCCAAAAAUACCCAGCAAUGUCAUAAAAAAAUUUCAGUUUCCAAAACUUUUCACACAUUCAAGAAUCAGCUGUAAUGUUACAAAAUAUUUCUUAAAUCUCAUCUUCAGUUACUGCCAAUGGGUGCGAUUUAUAUACAGUUUUUGAUAUAGUUUGUUUUUCCAUUUGCAGAAACACAUUUCUCCCAAAGCUUUUUUACAAUUCCCAAGUACAGCUGGGGAGCACUGCACCGACAGGCCUUUCCUACACCAAAAACUCCCAGGUAAGUGUGGCCUGACCAGGCUGUGAGUGAUGGGCAUUAUUUAAUACACACUGAAUUGGCAAUCAGCUUUUAUUAUUAGCCAAUUAAAGAUACAACUGGCUAUUAUACACGUUCUGCUAUAUCUACUUAUACAGCAAAAAUAAAAACAAUAUAUAGUCUACAGGCUGCAAUGCAAAUAAAUAUUUAGGAGGUAUACAGAUGACACGUAUACUUGGUAAUAACAUACACAUACAUCGGUAGUGUUGUUGCUUGUUAAUGUGCGCAUGUAUCAGCAGGAUACACACCCAGUCAGACCAAAGCACUUGGUGCCUGAUGUGUGAUGUUUCACUUCUUGUGACAGAGAGAAUUGAGUCUCAAAUGUGGAGAGUCCCUCAACAUGUGUCGCACGUUCCCUGACUUGGUUUAAGCUUAUAUUUCACUACAAUGUCCAUACGGAUUGUAGCUGGCCAUGCAGUGUGGGAGUCCAGUUAUCUGUGCUGCUCUCCUCAUCAAACCGUGUUUUCUUAAUUUCCAGGUCCAGUUUAGGAUUGUGAAAUAUGAUGCCCGUGGAGCGUUUUUGGGGUGGGAAAAUCUGAAAUCAGGAACUUUGCAGGUAAGUACAUUUAAGUAAUGAUUUAAGAAAAUAUUACCUCUAACAUGUUGAAAAAGCUCAAAAUGAAGUCACUCUUGACAAUUCAGUACAUUUCAUCUUUGUCGUAACAGUGAAUGUAGCCAGUCACAUGCUGUUCAUCUACUUAAUUGAAACUGCAAAAAAACAAAUUAGGCAUACUAUUAAAAUAUACCGCCUGGACGUCAUGUGAGUGGCAUUUCAGCAAACACUGAAUGUCUGCAACACUGGAUCGGUGCUUCCCAAAAAUGUUAUUUCUCCUACAACAGGGUGGCCCAUAAGUCCCUACCCAUCCAGCACACAGAUACACUGGAUACAUAAGAAAUAUGGAUGGGUAAGGACUUACGGCCAUCCUGUAUAUUGAGAUAUGUUUUGUUGCGAAUAACACGGAUUAAAAAAGUAAAACUGCCCUAUAGCCUGAUUUAUAUACUGCCUUGUGCUACCUACCUGCUGACAUAACUCUAUUACUAGCCUGGUAUUAAUACAAAAACUCAUCAGGUUCUCUGAAUGCCAUGCUAAUAUUUUAUCCUGUCUGCUAUUAUAUAUUAUAUAAUGCUUGUUGCUGCUGUCGUGGCAUCACAAGCUUGUUUGUUACCAUUUGCACAGUAAAAGUAAAGACUUAAAAAAAACAAACCAAGGGGGGCGGAGCUUAGCCGCGGAACCGAGCGGUCGCACACACUGAGAGCUCCGGCAAACACGCGACAAAAUCGACGAGAAAAUACAACCAACAUAAAACCAAAAGAGCCCACAUACCUCCGGAACCCUGCGGGCAGACCGGGAGAGCAAAACAGACACCCGACUGAUGCCCUUUACAUUCCAGCAGACGGGUCGGAGAGUCCGCCGUAAAACCAAGGCCUACCCAGACUACAGGGCCCUUGAUACGGCACUAUACAGCGCAGCACUCUCCUUAACUGCACAGCCAGCACCCACCGACCCGGACACCAUGGGGAGAAAAUCCCAGCGGACGGCAGCAGGUGCGUGCAAAGACACCCAUGACAUUAGCACCAUGCUCCAGCGCCCGGCGGGCUCAAAGAUGGCGACCACGCCUGACCCAGAGACUAUCUCCACAUGCUCGGAUCAGGCUGAGGGGGAUACACCAGAUCAUCGGUUGCCCCAAGACAUACAAGCGGACCCAGAUGCUUUAACACCAGCCACCAAACUGGACAUUAAAAACCUUCUGCGGGAACUAAAACAAAUGACAGCGGCAGACAUGGCCAUUAUGAAAACGGAGGUCCAAGCGGUCACGGACCGUGUGAAAGCCUCAGAGGAAGAUAUCAACGACAUACAACAAGAAAUACAAGGCCUUAAAGAAACGGUAUCACACCUAAAAUCCUCUCACUCAACUCUGCUCAGCAAACUUGAGGCAACUGAAGAGAGGAGCCGCAAAUGCAAUGUAAAAAUAAGGGGAGUCCCCGACGAUAUCAGCCAGUCAGAGUUGCCGCAUUAUCUCAGGCGACUGAUGACCACCAUAUUGCCACAUGCACAGGCCAAAAAACUGGCCGUCGCAGAGAUGUUUCGCAUCCGCAAAUCACCACAGGCACCCCCCCAAGCAACCAGGGACGUAAUCGUCAGGUGCAAUACUCAGGCAGACAGGAACGCCAUCUUUGCAGCGCUAAAGGGCAAAACGCCACUGGACUUUGAAUCCGCAAGUCUCACCUUUUACCAAGACUUAACACGAUCCAUACUUCAAUGGAGACGAAACCUACGCCCAGUGACCCGUCGCCUCCAAGAAGCCAAAGUAAUCUACCGUUGGACAACACCCAAAACCUUGUCCGUGGACCACAACGGCACUACUAUGCAUCUCACCUCUACCCAGGAAGCGGACUCCUUCCUCAAGGCGCUGAAGCUCUCACCGAGACCAGAUCCACCUGACGAGCCCACCAGCUCCCAUACAUGGGACCCCACCAGAACUGUCCCUUUUGUACCGAGGAGACGGGAAAUCCCGAUAGUGGACACUUGACGUACAUGACAACCACUCAGCCCGCCGAUGGGAAUUUACCAGAGUUAACCAUAAUGUUUUUCUAUUACCUGUUCACAGUUAACAUAGAUACCAAGGGUUUAGCACCAUAGAGGGAACCUAGCAGGGCACACACCCAUAUAACACUUACUUAAGCUAAACGGCCGACUCACAGGAGUUGACCCACAUACCAACACCACAAUUGAGGGGCACCGCAAUCCCCACAACAGCCACCGUUAAGCCGGAGCAUGCUCAUAUAUCAAUAAUACCUCUCCACCAAUCCCCCCGAGGCCCCCGUCGGUUAGGGGUCAAGGACCACACACACACACACAUCGUACACCUACCCAGGAGGCACACGAGCCAAUUUCAUGAUAGGGAAACCUAAGAUUAUACACGUCACACCUAGCCACAAUGCCCUGGACUAGGGAUACAUUGGCGAGUAGUGUGGUGAGAACCCGUGGCUCCAUGGCCUCCGCUAAGACCUACUCACACGAAAUAAGCAGACAUAGUACACCAAUCUAAGUAGAACAUGGUAUGGAACACCAAGAUAAUUACAUGCAACUUAUCACCUUAGUGGGACUCAUGGCGACACAACGCCAGAUCAAGCAGGAUUGUUGUAGCGUGUAAAACUUACCUUACAGGAACCCUGAGUACUAGGUUACGGGACAUGCAGCACCACGUUCAUAGUUAACCACCAUUUUAGUAACUUGUUCUCUCAAAACCAUGAUAUAAACUUAAGCGUAGACAGAAUUGUCACAUAGAGAUCCAGUCUAGCAUGUUUAUUGCCAACUGCUGAAACCUCAUAACCUGUCUUUUUCAGGGUCUGAACAAACUAGUAAUGUUUAAAAUGCCAGACUUUGCAACGAAACCCUUGUAAAUACUUAUUGUCAUAUAUAAACAAAAGGUAUGCUGCUUUUUGAACCUAGGCAAUGUAAACCUAUACCAUCAAUCUCCUUACUCAAAAAAAACAAAAAUGUGCGAUAUCUACUGCCAACCCCUAUGUUACACUGUACAUACUGCGCUAGAGGACUGCCUUUGGGGUACCUCCUAAGCAAUUGUUAUAUCUGUACGCACUACAAAAAUAAAGAAUUUAAAAAACAAACCAAAACUGGAAUGUCUUCUUUGGCUGAGAUCAGAUGAUGGUAUUUGGAGUGCAUUGGUUUUGCCACCAAGAGCUGUGCUACCUACAUAUGAUACGCAAGCGGAGGUGUUGGGGUUUACUCACCAAACACCGAAUUGCAGCAAACAAAAAAAUCAUAUUGCAGAAAUAGCUAAAUCGUUAUUUUUGUCUACAUUUUGCAGUUUGGUUUCAGUUCAUCACAAUUCAGGGCUUAGGGAAUCCCAUCAUUUUUUAGCUUUUAUUUGACAUAAAUUUACAGUCCCUGUCAGCCCAUGUUCACUAACAUUUCACGUUCCACAUGCUGAAGACGAUGAUCACUGCUUCUUAGCCCACAACAGCUGGAAUGUCAAAGUUUAACUGACACUGUGCUAAACUAAUCACAUAUAGAUUGACCUUGGAUAAUGGGAAUUGCUGUCUAUAAGAUAAAAGGUUUGGUGCUAAAAUCUAAGAACCAUGUGAUGAGAUGUGCUGCUGUUACCAUUCUUUAAUCUCUCUUUUCUUUUCCCCCUAUGCCUAUAUAGCUGUGUUCGAAUACGCAAAGUUUUUUGGGCGCUGCCUUUAAAUUCGGGACAGUGUACAAUUUGUCUGUGAGUAAUCAUUCCUCCUCCUCUCAAAAAUCUCUGAUCCAUGUAUCACACAAACCCAUCUCUUCUGUAGCUUAAAUCAUUUUUAAAAAAAUCUUUCAUUCCAUUGUCCCUUCAAAGAGACAGACUUUUCCUCCAAAAUUUUAAGAACUUGCUGUUUUAAGCUCUAACAGUUUUACCAGAAAUUGUGUCUGAUUCGAUAUUGUAAUGAGAGCCAUAUUUUUUUUUAUUUUUUUUGUAGAAAGACCCAAUGUGAAUAUGUAUCCACUGUAUAUUCCUAAAGAAAUCAUAUAUAUUGAUUGCCUUAAAAACGGAAGGAUUUGUCUUUGCCUGUUCAAUGCCAGCAGUAAUUUCUUUGCUUUCGUAUUCCCAGUGUACGCUGCAGGUAUCGGAUCUCAUGCUGAAAGUACCAGAACCGGUAUUUUACGAGCUGUUCCUGGCUUACACCGAUAGCAGCGGGGCCAGCAUGUUAUGGCCGAUCCCUGUUUGGAACGAGAAUCUUCAAGCCAGCACAAGUAAGCCAGGAUCUCCUAGAUAAAAUUAAAGGGAAAAAAAGAAUUACAUUUUUGGCCCAAAGUGUGAAAUUGGAAACUUUAUUUUUUCUUCUUCUUGGUAAGAGUUGAAUAAUCUCCAUAAGUCGAAUUAGACAUUACGCUGGGGCUGCUGGAGAUUAAGACAUAUUUACCGAUCUGUAUUUAAUACAUUCCGUUCCCCAUGUGCCAAUACUGUGAGGCUCCUAUAAUGUAACAUUUCCCUGUGUCCGGUGUUUCAUUUUCAACUUUAAAUCCCCAUAAAAAGGUUCAGAUAAUUCUUACUGUCACACAUUCCACUGACUUGCAGGGAGCGGAUCUCAUUAAGUUCCACGCGUUACCGCUAUUAUGCCAUUCACAACUAUUAGGAGACCUUACACGGACUCAGAGCUCUAAAUCUCUCUGCGCACUGACCUAAGAAGACUAUACAUUAGAAUUCUAAAACAUUUCUGUAAAUCUUUGAGAGCUGUUUAAUGGAAACCAGCUGUGAUUACUUUGUGAAUGUUUGCAGAGCUGUGAUAGAUUAUGAGGAGGGAAAAUGAAAGAUGGUGUGAAGUGGGAUAGGGCAGUGUUGAUUCUGAGCUUGGCAGUUAGGGAGUUAAUAUCUGUCAAACAUGCUUUUUUUCCCCCCCAGGUUCAUAUAGCACACAGGCCAUAAGACGUUUCUUUCUGGUAGACACUCUCUUGGGAAGGCAAAGCAGUCUCUCCAGUCAGCCCUCGUACGUAACUGUAGCUACAAGAUUUAACCUGAGGUGAGACGCUCUGCAGACUGGACCCAUAUCGCGUGUUUAAAUCUAGCUAAAUACCUUUUCUGGUUUUAUACUGCUGUGUGUGAACCCUGUAUCUUUCUUCAUUGAAACAGCGUUUAUCUGCCAACUGCAAGUCCCGGAACCCAGCCUCCUUUCCAACUGACUGUGAAAUAUGAAAGGAUAACCAAUCUCAGUGGCACAGUACAGGUAGGUGUGGAACACAUUGUAACGUGACAUAGAUAUUGUGUUCUUACUCUCAUUCUGUCAUCUGUGAGGUAUACUGUCGGACUAUAAUAGAGGCCUCCAGAAAUCUAUUAGAACAUCUGAAAAAAAACAUGUAAACCGCAAUAUUGAAUAUAUGGCUGAAUAAUUCAUCGCUGAAAUUGCAAAGGCAUUCAUAUGUCAAAUGACUGCACACAAAAACAAGCAAACUCCAAUUUAAUGAAAGCAUUACUCCUUUUAUAUGUUUAGAACAAUAAAUAUUUUACACCCUGACAUUAUAAUUUACAAUCUAUUGCACCCCCAUCUCAGCUGGAACAGAGAAUCAGCGUUAUUCAUUUAACGGACUAUUGCCAAGGGAUGUUCACAUUUUAGGCUAAAUAGCUGACCUGGAGACUCUAAAUAAUUUAUCUGGAGACUCUAAAUAAUUUAUCUACUUUCUCUUGAAAUUUGUGAUUCUUAAAGGAGCACUAUAGGGUCAGGGGCACAAACAUGUAUUCCUGAUGCUAUAGUGUUAAAACCACCAUUAAGGUGGCUUCUCCCCUUAUACCCCCUUAAACAAAACAAAAAAAAACUUUGAGGUUGGCCAGCACUUGCUAGUGGGCAAAUAGUACCUCAAAUUAUCAGCCAAACUAAAUGUACUCGCAACAUUAUGGACUUUUUCCAAACUGGCUGUUUUGGACAAAAAAAUUUAUUACCUGGAACAUUCUUGAAAAUUCACGUUUUCAUGGGUAACCCUAUAAAGUGGGAAUACAAAUAUAUAUAUAAUGUUGCACAAUUAGUUUUUUAAUUUACUGGGAUUGUUUUUUUUUUUUUAAUCAUUGCACUAAAUCCGAAUUAUAGCCAGUUUAAAUCCAAAUAGCAAAAUUUAGGCCGAUUUGGGAAAAUUCGUUAACUUACCAAUAGUUACAACUACGUUGUGCCAUUUUGAUAUCCAUUUGCUAGAAAUCAGACAGGAGCCUUAUGUUGGAUUUUUCCUGAUACUGUUCAGAGGUUCAAAAUGAAUUAUUCGGUGCCAGCACUAAUGCACGUUUUACACAUUCUCUGGCUGAUCUAAAACGAGCACUCGUGCAUUGUUGGUAACAAUGUAACAUUGCUCUAUCAGUUCUCCUGGAAUGUCAGCGUGAUUUGUAACUGGCUACUUUAAGAUAUUCGAUGGGCGCUGACCACUGGUUCCACUUUCUUUUCCAUUAGGUCUCCUUUGGAGUGUCGUACACACAGAGUGCAGGAACAUAUAAGACAAACACGGAUGUGAGUAUAUUUUUUUUUAACAAGGAGUCGCAUUUUACUCUGUCAUGGUGUAUAUUGAUAUAGCAGUUCUUCAUUAUUUAACAGAUUGCUCUGGGUGUUCUCGGAUCCCUGGGCACGCUUUACGCCAUCUUAGAGACCAGCAGCUGGAUGCGGCGAUCGGGACAGCAGAAUAAUGGUUUGAUGGUAAGAAUACAUGCGGCCGUUGAUGGAGCUUCCAAGCUAGCUGAAACAGAUUCUGACUUAGGCACUUUCUUGGGGUGAAGAACACUCCUUUUUACAGCUGGUCUGUUUCUUGGUAGGGGUGAGUUCCCAUCAAUAGCUGCCCAGUGAUAGGCUUAGAUUAUCGUAAUCUCGGCGUAUAAGCACCAACUUUAGGUAACCCCUGAAGGUAAGAUGGCACUCGGAAACUUCAGCCCCCAUAGCAAUUUAAAUAAGCUUAAGUUGUUAUGGGGGUGUGAGUGUUCCUAUAAGCUAGUUAUUGUUUUUUAGUUAGUUACCCUCUCUCCAUUGUGAGUUGUAGAGUUCCCGCAGUAUUCUACAGACCGUGGUUAAGUUGUAAUGUCCAUAUCUCUUUUUAGUGUAAAAAAUACUGGAGUUUUGAUGUCACUCUCUCUAGAGUGAGGUGUUCCCAGUGUAUUCUACAGACAGCAGUUGGUCUGUCUAACUGUUUGGAUCAGAGGCAGCAGUCUGACCUCUGCUUAGUGGACGACACUGACCCUCGUUUAUGGACAACAGAGAGCUGGAGAAAAUCCUAUGGCAAACUUUACAAAUCUGCAGAUAUUAAAACGUCUAUUACAUAAAUAAGUGCACUGGCGUUUAUCAGUAUCCGAGUAAUAAAGUGCAUCUACAUUCAUUAUGGUUUCCCUUUAAACAGCCACCUGCAUGCUUUGCAUUAUGGGUAUAGUAGUUCACAACAGCAGAAGAAACCUUGUUAAAAGGAGAAGUUGAAUUUUUGUUUUGGCUCCUGUUCCAUGAUAUAUUAACAUGUUCUUAUUCUGAUUCAGGUAAUAGUGAAGUUCCUGGCUUUCCUGUCCGGAUCGCUGGCAAAUACCUUCUUUCUAAUUGUGCUGGGCACUGCCAUCUACUGGCUGAUUGCUUUUAAGGUAUUGAGAAUAUUUUCCACCAUAACCGCUGUAAUAAUUAUAUUGCCAUUACUUUCUUAUAGUCUUCCUCUUCAUUUUUUAUUAUUGGAUAUAACAGUUUAAGAUUUAUGAUUCUUGUAAUGACACGUGUUUUUGUUAAUAUACUCCCAUGACUGACUGGAACUCGUUUUCUCUUUGCCAGGGUCAGAACUCAACAAUAACCGUCACAUUACCUCCUGCUGGCGGCAAAGUCGAGACUGAUUUCAUCACUUACCUCGCCAUCGCUUUUGCUUUAAAGGUAACCUAGGAAUAGCUGUGACUGCUUCUGAGGGGUGGCAGUUUAGCGGACACUGUACUUUAUCUCCCUUUUUCUUUUAGACGCUAGAACUGCUCCACCUUCUGGUCACCCAGCUAACUGUCACUCUAUUUUUGAUUGACUGGGAAAAGUCAAAAGAAAAGAACUCCAGUGGACAAGGCAAGUACCUAAAGUCUGUUAUAAAUACAAAUGUAGGAAAAGUUCACAAACCACUCCAUAGUUGAAAUUGCUGGAGACACUGUAUGUGGAAGUAAAGCAAGUUAAUAAAUAGUUUAGAAUGUAUACACAUUAUUUAAUAGUGAUAGUUCUAAUAUAAACCUUUUUUUGCGCACCAUUAACUGCUUAAAAGAAAUUUGUCUUCAGUUAAUUGUGAGGAAUGGCCCCUGUGGGUAGAAUUAGUCUGAUACCCAAAUGUUUUGUGCCCCUAAUUAUAGGACAUAUAUUCAGGUGUCUCAGUGUUGGCUUAUUCACCCUCUAUUCCAGGAAAGAAUGUCAGUGUCUGGAGGACCAUUUUAGUAGCCAAUGAGUGGAACGAGAUCCAAGCCCAUCGGAAACUGAGUCCCCUUUUCCAACUUUUCUUUGUUUUGCUUCUUCUAGAGGUGAUUAAAUUUGUUACAAUCUCUGUUUUGGCUAUGAAACAAACCGGCAAUGAGAAAGAAACUGCUUUCCCCAUAAUAUGUAACAAACAUUGUACCUUGAAUAACUAUAAUAAAAUUUACUAAUACAGGGUGAAGGAACUAUAUCACAGAUUGCGAAUAGGCAUGGAUGGGGGAAUGUAGGACGAGACCCCAUGUUUCACAGAUGUCUUGUUUUAGGGGGCUCGGAUUCAUGGUGACGUUGUCCAGGUCACACAUCCUUCAGUGUAGGUACAACAUACAGUUUUUAGAGGAAGAUUCUAAUACUAAUUAUAAAAAAUUAAAAAAUAUGACCAGUCUGCUUUUGUUACAAUUAAUGAGAAAUUACCAGAAAUUAAGUAUGUGUUCUCCAGGUUUAUUAACGAGAAUAGUUUAGAAAUUAUUCAUUCCUUUUAUUUAAAUCACAACUGAUCUGAUGCCAGCGUGACGUCUUCCAUUAAUACAUCUGUCCCUCUUUUUCCAGGUUGUGGGUCUAAAGAAUAUCACUGGCAAAGAUUUAAAUCUGGACCUAAACCCUGCAUCUGGCACUUACAUAGCUCCGUGGAGCAUUAUUCUGAGAUUCGGUAUCGCUGCCUCCAUGUGGCUAGCGGUGGGAAUCGUACAGGUGAAUUGCAUGAUGGGAAACUCCCAGCUCCAUUGUCCCUGACAUGCCAUGUGGAUUGGUUGUACUGGAGGGCAGGAAGCUGUAUUUUAACAUGCUAUUGGAAAAACAUUUCUAAGUCUUUAGUUGUUGCUGACGUGUUAACUAUUUCUUGUCCUUGCAGAUUCUGUUCUUCAUUUUCAUCUAUGAACGUUUUUUUGAAGAUAAAAUUCGCCAGUUUGCAGAUCUGUGUUCCUUGAGCAAUGUGAGUGUCUUUUCUUUACGAUCCUUGAGAAUAUUUUUUUAUCCGGUACAUUAGCUAAAAAAUCUUUUGACUGAUACAAAGUUGUCUACGAACACAAGGUGUGCCAAAUUCUCUUGUGGUUUAAUUUAAGAAUUAAUCUACAGGUGCAAUCUGCAGUUGACCACUACAAAUGUCAGGUUAGGACACUGGUGGUCCACAGUGAUCACCUGAGCUGGAACCACUAACUGCUGUUCCUCAACAAAGCUCAAGUUAGAACCCAGCUCUUAUAAUAUCAUAGGCUUCUCUUGGUGUUUAACUCACAGCUCGUGAAUUUGUAGAAUUGGCACUGCUGACAUUUUCCCAUAUUUUACGUAGCUGUACUGAGUUUUGACAUUUUUUUAAUCAAAGGAUAAUCUGACAUAUCUUCAUAAAAUACCUAAUAUUGGGCACUUUGUUUUUUUAUUUGCUACAUAAUGUUUUAAGGCUUACCACUACUGACUUCAAUGUUCUGCAGGUCUCGGUCUUUAUCCUGACCCAUAAAUGCUAUGGAUAUUACAUCCACGGUCGAUCUGUUCAUGGCCAGGCUGAUGUCAACAUGGAGACUCUGUUGUCUAAUCUCCAAAAGGAAGAAGUACGUACUUUGCAAUGAUCACACUGGAUACAUUUCUAGUUUGCUUUUCUACAAAAGUAGUUAUAGUAUUUCUGGUUAGACCGUUAUGCAUUGCAAAACCUUGGGAUACAUGGAUUUAUUCACUAAAAAAUGUAAAUUAGGCCACAUGAGGCAAUGUUUACAGCAAAAAGACUGCAGGUCAGGCUGUAGUUGUUCUGGUGACUCUAGUGUCCCUUUAAUGGUUCUUAUAAGCACAUUCAAGCAUCAAUUAGUAAGUCUUGACCAUUCAAUUUUUUUUUAGUUUUACAAUUCUGUAAACUCUAAAAAUGUGGUACUGUAUGGGUCUUUUUUUUUAAAUUUUUUUAAAUUCUUUAUUUUAUUUGUGCAUAGCUUGAACAAUCAUGCUUGUACCGCCACAAUAGCAGGUGCAAGCAGGUUUGAAAACAUACAUUAACAUAGGUAUGGCAUUGAAAUACAUAGCACAGUUUUUUUUUUUUAUAUUCAAGAUAGGAGACAUGUUAAAGGUUAAACCAUGGAUAACACACACGCUUUUGCAGGCUAGUCUCGCUUAGCAGUUAGGUAACUUAUAUUGAAUCUGCGCUUCGCUGCCUGAUAGCAGGCUUGAGAGAUGGAACAAAGGCAAAAACUUAAAGCAUAGUUAUACAAUACUGUAACGUAGGAUUAAACUGCGCACAUUUUUAAAUUGUUAGAGUAAUGAUGAGUAAGUCUGGUUAGUAAAUGCGAGUAACAAUAGCAAGAUGUGUGUUUACGAGAAAUAAAUUGACAUGACUGUCAUAAAUUAUUAACCUGCUGAAUUUCUAAACAUUAUGAUAAGCAAAAUGAACUUUCUUUCAAAAGACACGAGUAGAAGAGGUGCAAUGAAACGUUAUGCCUAGCUAGAAACAUAGCUAUCGUGAUCAUGCUUAAUAAACAGUUGUAGGUUAGAAAGGUACGUACGCUAAACUAACUUAUGUAUCAGAAUAGUGAGGCUAUACAUAGAAAAGCUUAGCUUAUAGUCACUAUCGAUAUCCCCCCUGCGGUCCCCAGCAUAAACUAAAGGGCUAUUGAAUUGCAUGCAUACAGGUAUAAGAGUUCAACCUCGGGUGUUAAGAGGUGAGGAGUAUUGGGCACUGUGCCUGACAUUGAGUCCCAGUCUUGUAUGGGUCAGCCGAUGCCUUGUUGGGGCUGGGUGUGCUCCCCCUGCGCCGGUAGUUGCAGCGAUGAUGCGUGCCGCAUUCCCUGUGGUCCAGCAGUGUAGGAGAAGAGAGUCUCAGUGAGGGCAGAGGACCUAGUCGGUAUGUAUAAUGUGGCUCCAGUUGUGGUUCCCACAUGCCGGUGUAUUCGUUGGCUGUAGCUGUGGCUGUAGAUUUGUGCUGCUGUUGCCGCCAUUUUAGGCCUCUUGGUCUGCCACUUGCAUGUGUGGAUGAGUUGGCCAUUGCUCCUCUUAGGCUGGGUCAUUGUCGGGGAGCAAGGUGGUGUUCUGCGCUGUGCUUUGGGGGUCCCCUUAAGAUGCUUUGCCUGUGCCUGGUCGCGUUCACUCUUGGUGUGACUCUGUUCACCCGACAUCGGGUUGGUCGUUUUCAGGCGCCUGUGGGGCCUAGCAAGGGAACUUACGGCGUGUGCCGGGACAUUCUCUGGGGCCUCUCGUAGUGGGCCGUGUGGCGUAGCUUCAGGCUGGGUCCCCGGUUCCGGGGGCCACUCAAGCUGUUCCAGCCUCUCCCAGAAGGCGUCAAAAAUGCAGGUGAGUCUGAGCUCCGUUUCUCUCUCGGCCUUGCAGAGGGUUGAGGCGUGCGUGUCGUUCUCCAUUUUGUCAGCCACACCAGCGACCUCCAGUCCGCCCGAUCUGUUCAACCGCUUAUCACCUGCUGAGGUGACCGUGAGGGGGUGGACCGGGAUAACCCCCACCGGUCCAGGGGGGGGAGAACAAGGGCCCGGAGUCCUACAUCUGGCUGGUUCAGGCAGCAGGGAAGCGGCCGUCCUCCCUGUGCCCGCCAUGCUGGUAGGCCUCGCUGUGAGUUUGGGUACGCCUGUAUAACAUCGUCGCUUGAGUGGUGUCUGUGUGUGCGCCCCGGUAUCACCCGUCGCUUGGUGGCCAUUAAACUGCAAUUUAGUGCCUUUCAAGCGGCUAGAAUCCAUUGUUUUAGCCCCAAGCAGCGGGAGCUGGUGAGGCAUGCUUCCUCUCUGCUCAGCGGUCAGGCCCCGCCCCUGUAUGGGUCUUUUUUGAAUGUGAGAAACACUGAUCUACUGCAUUUGGACAGAUUUGUCACACUUUUCAGCCUUGUGUUAAUCUUGCAGAAACAUUGGUUUCCUUAAAAGAUAGACAUAUGCUUAGCGUCACCUAUCUCCCUUAUUAACCUUUCUAAGUGCUAUGGUAGCUAUUGCAUUAUAGCAAUGGUUCCAUAUUGAAAAGACAUCGUAUCACAUUUUAUUUUUAUUAUUUAUCAGCUAGCAUUAUCUAAUUAAAUUACUCUCAGGAUGUAAGGUCAUGGUUUUUCUUCCCUUCCCCCAUUCAGGAGAACUUGUGUCCAUUAAGAGGCCUAGAACCAAAUUCUGACAACCAAAUGUUUGAGGUCCUUUUGAGUGACCGUGUGCGGGAACAGUACGAGAAGAUUAUGGAACCACUUCAGGAGGUAUGAUGCCAUUCAAUGCUGAAUAUUCGCACUUUUACUACUUUAAACGUAUACACUCAACAAGGCAAUAAAAUUAACUCCCAUACUGUAAAGCCUGUAUUCACAUAGUCGCAUGUCAACGGUUUCUCUGGUUACAUGUAAUGCAACAACAUGUUUAACAUUGUAGCAGUCGCAGGUUUAGGGUUUUCUAAAACUCCUAUGUAGAAGCAUGAUUCGUAGAAGGUAACAAUCUCUGCUUUAAACAGGUAUCCAUGCGUCAGAAAGCAGGAAAUGAGAAGAAUCCCUUCAUCCAACAACGGGUUAAAACCUACUAUACUCUUAACCGUUUCCUAUCGUCCUUUGUGGAUCAUGUAAGUUUAAAGCCUUGAUUGCAAUUUGUUCUAAUAUUGAUCUGGCAAUGCUGCGGUUUAAUUCCCAGUAUAGGAAAGAACCACUCCAUUGCGAAAUUAAGAAUAAGUCACUAUUUAGUAGAUGUACCCAAAUGAACACAUCUAUGUAUUUAUGCAUUUUAUUUUCAUUUGGGCUAGAUCUAUACCAGCUUGCAAAAACUGCAGAUAUCUUGUCUGCAGCCUUUGCAAGCCCUCUUCAAAUCCCCAGGCACAGACGUUCAGUUGACAUUGUCUGAAAUUAGAAGUCAAGAAUUAGAGAUCUAAAUCUCUUUAAAAUUAUGUUCCUAGCUCAGUUUGUGAGAAGUAUUUCAGAAUGUUGGGGAUAUUGUUACUAUAUAAAAUACCUGAUGAACAAUGCCCGUGAUUUUAACAGAACUGUUUUCUCUCCCCUCGGUUGCAGGUGUAUAAGGACAUGGACUAUAUUGUAAAGGACAAACUGUUUCUGGAAAGCAUUGCAGAUAUAGAAUUCCAACAACCAAUUGAGAAGUCCUUUUUUUAUACAGGUGGGUACUUAGCUGUCAGGGAUUCCUUAAACUGGAGAGCUUAUGGAUUUCAUUUAAGGCCCACUGUCUCCCAGAACGUACUAAUUGAACAUGCUUGCCCCUUAGGCAUAAUGCAAAAAUUCAAAAGCGGGCGCAGUAUAUCCUGUACAGAAUAAAGCAAAUAGGACGAUAAAGAUCCUUACCAUUAAUUAUGUAAUCAAUAUGCACAAUUUAGGAGUGAUGGUCCAAAGAACGGGCAGCACAAUCAAAAAAAACAACAACCUUAGAUUGCAAUAUCAUCACGUGGCCAGGAAAACAGUGCUGAAAUCAAAUAACAAAAAUGCCCGAUUUCCCUGGAGAGAUGGAAUAUCCCAGCUUCUGGGUAUCAAACUGUACAUGUUCAUUAGUGGGGCACUGGUGUGAAUCGUUACAUCUUUCUCUACAUGCUCUCUUGUUCUGUCAGGUGUACUAAUUAGCUAGGCCAGUUACUUUCGCAGUAGCUGAAUGGAUACAGAUUGCUGCCGGACAACCAGCAGAAUUCCAACUCCCAAUUGUUACCCGAUUUUAGGAAGGAGAUGCUUAAGCUGCUGUCACACCUUUGCCCUGUUGUGUGUUUUAAAAUCUAGAAUAUUUGUUUUAGAGCUCUGUUUUAACAUGAUUUUCCUUCUCCUUUUAGAUGAUCGAUCGCGCUUUAGUCGGACACUGUUUUAUGGCAAUGAGUUGACAUUGCUCCUCUUUGAUACAUUGCUCUUUUGCAUUGUCGAUUUGGGGACACAGAACUUUGUGCUGGCAACAAUAAUUACUUUUGCUGUACAGAUGGUAAGCAUACCUGGCAGUAUUCUGGAUUACUGUGUGCUUGGGGAUACAUACUAAAUUAGUUGAUGAAAGAAUCAGAAUUCCCAUAACCACAUUUAACCAAUAACCCUGAAGAGAAGGAGUGAAGAGAAUUUGGGGGAUGGAGGCUAUGUCACCACCACCACUGAGUACUGGGGGGGGUGGGGCUAGUUAUGCAAUGCAAGUGCCUUCUCUCUUCACCUCCUUUGAAGAACACACUAAGGUGCUGCUGGGGGUCACGUCAUUGUCCACUUUCUCUGUACAUAGACCAUUUGUGAAUGAGAAGGAGCAUCUUGUUCUCUCACAUCAGGAUAACUAGGUAGCCAGACUACCAGCAAGUCCAAUCUAGAAAUAAUCCGAGCACAAGAUUACUGUUUGGAAGCAGUUUUUAAUCGGAUCAAAGGUGAGACAACAGAGGCUCAAUUGCAGAGCGAAAAAGCUGUCUCAUGUUUGAUCCAUUUAAAGACUGUUUACACACAGUACUGGACUAUUUUUUGUGUUUCUGAAUUGGUUGGGGUGUCACUGCCCCAGUAUGCAUGUGUCUGAUCAUCAAUGCACUCCCUUUUGGCAAAGAUAUAGCAGUAGUAUGAUGAAGUGACAACUGAACGUGUAGACAUAUAGACCAGGAUUAGACAACCUUCAGCACUCCAGAUAUUAUGGACUGCAACUCCCCUGAUGCUUUGCCUGCAUUAUGGGAGUUGUAGUUCACAAUAGCUAGGGUGCCGAAUGUUGUCUAGCCCUGAUAUAGAUGACCAUUAACCCUAUCAUGAUUCAACAAAAUACUAUUUCAAUUAAUUUUGAUGAGUUUAUAUACAAAUUCAACUUUGAUGGCAAAGCAAAAAAAAAAAACCAAGACCUUACUUUCUUACAAACAUUAAUUUUUGUUUUGUUUAUUUUUCCCCUCAGAUUGUACGACUUUUACGCCUCUAUUUUGGAAAGAAAAAUCUGUCCACUCAGACAAUGGUGGAAGAAAUAUUUCUUAUAUGAUGAGCAAGCAGUGUUCAACUGUUUAAAAAGAAAUUAAUCAUAAAUGCAGCAAAAAUUGGAAAAUCUCUUAAACCUUGUCAGAGAUCUGCUGAAUCUCAGUUCUGCGAUUUUUGCAGGACCAAACCCAGGAAGCCCAUUUAGUGGCUGGCUAAGUGGCACUCUGCCCCCGGAAACACUGCAUUAAGCUGUAGUGGUUCUGGUGUAUAGUGUCCCUUCAACUCACUAUUUGGUGAAUAACCCCCACAAUGUAAAUUUUUAUUGCAUUGUUUCAGCAUGGAAAAUAUCUGUUUUUAGACAGGCAAUCUUUGUUCUCUAACUUUAUCUGUCUUUAUUACAAGUCAAAGUUAUUUCUUAAUGGGAAAACUUAAACCUGUAGCUGAAUGUUUAUAGAAGCCCAAAAGGUCAUACAUUUAUUUUUUUUACAAGGGCUACGAUUAAAAGCUACAUGUUCUUUGCAGAUUAUUUGUAAAAAAUACUAGACAUAGGUCAUCUCUGUUAAAUUACUGGGCGAUCUAGAACCAUCGUAUUCUGUACAAUAUGUAUAAUUUUUUUGUAUGUAUAUAUUUUUCCAAUGAUGCAUAAAUAAAAUCUUAUUUUUUUGCAAUAACAA